UUGCUAUCUGCGAUGGCGGAGAGGUUUUGGUUAAUGUUGGUGGCUAUUUGUUCAAAUUUCCGAUCAUCUGCGCUCUUCUCUGAUUCUCCGACCUUGUCUUGGUUCACGAUUCUCUUGCUGGGCUGGGGAUGAUUUUAAUCCUUUGCUACAGUUCCGGGCACGUCGAAAAGUUUCUCAUUUAUUCUCUUUUGUGUUUGAGUGUUUCUGACCCUAGCUCUCUCGAUGUUAUGUAUGCACUUGACGACCAUUAUGGCCGAUGUGAUGGAGGAACUCGUAUUCUAUUUUUUUCCUUUUCGGUUGUCUGUCUUGUCAUGUUCGGGAUGGGAGAUGGCGUGUGGAGUCCUAAUUGUUCUUGUUCCAUGUCCUUCCUGUUGACGAGACAGCAUGCAAUAAAUGUUACCGUUUCUACUCUGUACAUGUCCGUCGUAGCAUCUUACAUAUAACGUAUAAUAUAGGAUGAACGUGUGCACAAGUCCCUGCAUCGUGAUCGCUGCAGGGCUACUAUGCACCAUGUACAGACGGAUC